AUGGUAGACGUGCCUUCCUGUUUCGUUGGUCUGGUCCUGGAGGACUGUCAGCUUCCUUAUGCAAACCACGGGCAUGUUAUUUUGGCUGACCCAUCACCUAUAUUGUUUUACCCCAUAAGCAGCACUGAGGUUCGCUGUCUGGUUGAUGUUCCUGGUCAAAAGGUCCCUACUAUAUCAAAUGGUGAAAUGGCCAAAUAUUUGAAGACCACAGUUGCACCCCAAGUCCCUCCUGAGCUGUUUGAUGCAUUUAUUUCUUCUAUUGAGAGAGGAAAUAUAAGGACAAUGCCCAACAGAAGCAUGCCUGCUGCUCCGCAUCCUACACCUGGGGCUUUGCUCAUGGGGGAUGCGUUCAACAUGCGCCACCCAUUGACCGGUGGAGGAAUGACUGUUGCAUUUUCUGAUAUUGUUGUACUGCGCAAUCUUCUUAAGCCUCUGCCUGAUCUCAAUGAUGCACAUACUCUCUGCAAAUAUCUUGAAUCCUUUUACACCUUGCGGAAGCCUGUGGCAUCCACUAUCAACACAUUGGCAGGGGCACUUUACAAGGUCUUCAGCGCAUCACCUGAUCGAGCACGGAAUGAGAUGCGCCGGGCAUGCUUCGACUAUUUAAGCCUUGGAGUGGCAAUAUUUGGUGUUGGACGGUUGUUGUUGCCUUUUCCAUCUCCCAAACGCAUGUGGAUUGGAGCCAGAUUGAUUUCUAGUGCAUCAGAAAUAAUCUUCCCAAUUAUCAAAGCAGAAGGUGUGAGGCAGAUGUUCUUUCCAGCAACUGUUCCUGCAUAUUACAGAGCUCCUCCUGCCAAGUGA